AUGGCGCCGGGCAAAGCAGCAGCUCAGUCCUGUGGUCUCUUGUUCGAGAAUGACACGUUUGAGGCAGAUGCUGGCGGCGGCGAGGAUGUCGCUGCCGAGCUGCAGGCCGCCCAGGUGCAGCUGGAGCUGGCGGACAGCGACAGAGCAGCGCUGGCGGCACGAGCCGGCAGGCUGGAGGCGGAGCUUGCGGGCUCCCAGUGCCGGCUGCACGAUGCGCUCGAGGUGUUGGAGGGGGUGCUGGGGGAGCGCUCCGCGCUGCUGCGGCACACGCGGGAGCUGCAGGAGCAGCUGGCGGCGGCGCUGGAGGAGCGGCGGUGCAGCAGGCGGGAGGCGGGCUCCGCGGGAGGCUCGCCGGCGGCGGCCACGCCGCGGCAGCAGCUACGUCAGGAGCUGGCGCUGGCUCAGGCACAGCUGAGCGAGUUGCGGCAGGCGGCGCAGGCGUGGGAGGCGGAGCGGCAGCAGCUGCUGGUGGAGGCGGAGGAGGAGCGGCAGCAGCUGCAGGAGGGGCUGGCCGAGGCGCUGACGCAGGCCAGCUGCGCGCAGAGGGAGGCAGACGCCGCCGCCGAGCGCGCGUCCCAUUGGUGCUCCCUGGCCCUGGUGCUCCAGCGCUCGGCUCUGCUUCCCGACAGCCCCGCUCAGGCAGGCCCUGGCCUCGCCUCCCCCGCCUCCCUCGCCUCCCUCGCCUCACUGCACUCACCGGCCGGCACCAGCGCCAGCGGUACAACCAGCGCCGCAGGCAGCUGCAGCAGGGAGGUCGUUGGCGCGCUGCCCGGCGGGCGGCGGCGCUCUCCAGCGCUGCCUGCAUCGGCGCCGCGCCUUGCUGCCAGCUCCAGCUGUGGCGACCUGGACCCAGCUAGAAAGACGGUGGAGCCCAGCGCCAGCCUGAUUGCAGCCUUCCAUGCCGUGGCCGCAUGCGAGUCGGCGGAGCAGCUGCAAGGCAGCCCGGUGCUGCAGGCCUGCCCUUCCCCUGCGGCCCGGCGGCAGGCCAGGGCCAGGGCGCAGUCGUGCAGCAGCCCCGUGGGACCCGCAGCUGGAGCGGUGGCGAGGCUGCGCAGCGCGAGCUCGCCGGGCUGCCUGCUGGCGGGCAGCGCUGACCUGGCGCCCGGCUCCCACCUGUCGCUGCUGCACCGGCUGCCCACGCCGGGGCUGUCGCUGGACAGCAGCCUGGGGGCAGGGCACAGCCCCAUGCUGUCCACGCCCUCGCCCUUUUCGGCGCCGCCGCUGGGCGCAGUGCCUCCCUCGCUGCCGCCUGCCCGCGCCUGGCCGCCGCUCGCUUCUGGAGGGUCCUUGGAGGCUGAAAGCGUGGCGGCGCUCUCUGGGGAGCGGCGCCUGGGCAGCCUACGCACCAGCACCACCAGCAGUGCAGGAGGCGAGGAGGAGCUGGGGCUAGGCGUGUCUAUCAGCCUGGCCCUCCCGCCGCCGCAGGCUGUGGCGGGUCCCAUCCAGCCUGUCACCGCUAAGCGCCAAGGCUUCUUCUUCAGCCGCCUACUGUGCGCCAGCAGCCUGCCGCCUGAGCAGGCGGCAGAGCGGCAGAGCCGGCGGGACUGA